CCACCCUAACGCCUACUACAUCUUCUACCUCUGUCUACACAUUGUUUAGAACCCCGGAAGCCUCAGCCAAGUCACAUCAUCUACUGCGGCCCCAAUCUGCACCAUAAUGUCUUCUCCAUCAUCGCCAUCAUCAUCCACAUGUCCCUUUUGUGGCAUCGCAAAGGCAUACCCGCCCAUCUCUCCGACAGCCUUCAUCACUCACAACCAAACCGAACAGACCAACCCACCAACAGAAUCACCAUCUACAACAAAUCCCUCGUUGAUCGCAUCACCGGGCCCCUCCGACCCAGCCACGCAUCUAAUUCUAUCAACCAAGCACGUCCUAGCUUUCUUGGACAUCAUGCCCUUGACCCGAGGACACGUUCUAGUGAUCCCGAGAACGCAUUACGAAAAGCUCGGCGACGUAGACGUUAGGGUUAGCCGUGAGCUUGGCCAAUGGCUUCCUAUCAUCUCCCGCGUCGUUAUGCGGAUCGUACUCGGUGAAGACAACAGCUCGGAUUGGGAUUGGAACGUCGUGCAGAAUAAUGGUAUCUCUACUCUCUCCCCCAAGUGGUUAUUGCUGAGAUAGUAGAAAUUGUGUUGACUGUAGUAUAGGAAUCAGGGCCGCUCAGCAGGUCCCUCAUGCACAUUUUCAUAUUAUUCCUAGGCCC